UCUCUCUCUCUCUCUCUCUCUCUCUCUCUCUCUCUCUCAUCUAGCGGCUUAUCUCUCAUAUCAGCCUCUUCUCUAACUCUCUAUUUCUCAUCUCGAUGGGGCAGCUUUUCAAUCUCCAACUAAUAUGUGCUCGCUAAUUUAAAUAAAUUAGGGUUUUUGAUGAAAUAAUUUUGGCUUUCGGUUUCAAUGGGGCUGUCGGAGUUUUCUGAGCUAAUUUCAAAGGCUUUAUAGCCUAAUUUUAUUGGUAGCCUGUACAUAAAACUGAAUUAGGGUUUUGUGUGAAAUUGAAUUGGGGCUUGGGUUUAAUUUGUGCUUGCUGUUGUUCGAUUAUGUUAUGUUGGUAUGUUCUUGGGAUAUUUCUGCGGUUUCUAACGAUGAUUUAAUGGAUUAAUUAUGGUUUAGUACCCAUUUUCUAACGGUUUCUAACUAUAUUUUCUUAAUUUUUACAAUUUGAUAAUCCAUUUUUUAAAUUUGUUUCGACAGUCCCGAUCUCUUGGAUUAUAGGGUCCAAGAGAUUUGUGGUCACUCACCGUUGGAUGUAAAUUCAACUGUUCACUCGCUCUUGCACUUCUUUUAAGAAAUUUUUUUGAACCGUUAGAUGUUACAUCCAACGGUAGGUGACUACAGUCUCUUGGACCCUAGUGGUCCAAGAGAUUUGUAGUCACUCACCUUUAGAUGUAAAUUCAACUGUUCACUCACUCUUGCACUUCUUUUAAGAAAUUUUUUUGAACCGUUGGAUGUUACAUCCAACGGUAGUGACCACAGUCUCUUGGACCCAUGUGAUCCAAGAGAUUUGUGGUCACUUACCAUUGGAUGUAAAUUUAACUGUUUACUCACUCUUGCAUUUCUUUUAAGAAAUUUUUUUAUUCAACGGUAGGUGACUAUAGUCUUUUGGACUCAUGUGGUUCAAUAUGAUUCUACGUUAGGAUUUUCGUCAAAUAUUUCCAUUAGUUGCCUACGUGGCAGUAUGAAUUAGGGUUUUAAUUUUAAAUUGAUUAAAAUAUGUUUUUUGGGAAAAAGUUCAGAAAAUGAGAAGUAAAAAAAUCCCCCUUACCUGCGAUUUUCUUCUCCCCCUCAUUCCCCCAUGACCACCACCCGUAGCCAUCCUCCAACCCCGCCAACCCCAAACGAACCCAGAACCCCAGCCCGCAACCACUCAGACUCCCUCCCCUUCCCCCCCUAUUUCUUCUCCCCCUGCCCUGAACCCAAACUCCAGUCCCCACCUACCAACCACAGCUUGCCGACCACUCUCUCUCCAUCCUCCAGAGCUGGUUCCCGCCGUCGCCCGACGCGUUCCGGCGAGAUCUGACGGUGGGUAUAGAGCUACUAAGAGCAAUGGCGCCACCCAAGAGACCGGUAGCCAAUGCCCAAGUGAACUUUCUAGUCGUGCAGGUGGGUUCUUGAAAAUACGCAGAAGGGCUUCUCUACCAUUUAUACCUGCCUCAAUCACACACACAAAUUCAUUAUAGCUGUACCCUAUGAACCAUACAUGGCUUUGAAACUAAUGCAAAUCGCUCCCCAUGAAGCCGAAGACCCAACAGAGCUCUCUCUGAGGCAAGCCUUUGAGCUUCUUGAACCAAAACUAAGACCCCCGUUUUCAUUAACGAUUCCAAAGCCACAAGAAUACUCGCUGCUCAACAAAGCGAUACUUUAUGGAGUUUUAUAUGAAUGCCAUUUGGGAAAAACACAUAUUAAGCACUUGCAUGCCAUUGUCACUGAUGGGUAUGGCUUGUUUGUUAGUUUCCUCACCAAGGUUGUGAAUGAAUUGUAUGUGAAACUUCUUGAACCACUGAAGUGCCAACUGAUUUGGGUUACUAAGGAGUUGAUUGAUGUUCUAGCAGUAGGCGUUGAUGGUUUGUUGGUUUGUUUGUUGAGACAAAUUGUUGGUGGGGAUUUUAGUGAUGGAAAUUUGUGGCUGUGUUUUGAGAUGGUGAACAUACUUUUGACCAAAUGGGAUUGUCUUUUAGAAGUAGAAUCGAUGAUCUUGACUAGUGGGUUGUAUACAUAUCUUCGGUUAUUAGCUGAUCACUGUAGGCAGUUAAGUAAUCCAAAAUUAGAGGCGUUAAAGCAAUUGGAGAUUGACUUUUGUAUUAAAGUUUUAAAGGAGCAGUUUCCUUUGUGUUUGAAGAUUGGCAGGGAUCUUGUUCGACUCCUACAAGAUUUGGUCCAUUUACCCAAAUUUAGAGCUAUAUGGAAGGAUUUAGUACUGAACCAGGGCGAGUUUAAGAGUCUGGGAUUUUCUGGUAUUGCACAGCUCUAUAUCACAAGGACUCCAAGUCAGUAUAUGUUACUUCGGAUUACUCCAGAAAUGGAGGCGCAGUUGAGAUUUUUACUCACGCAUGUGAAGUUGGGGAGUCAUAAGCGUCACCAGGCAUGGUUUGCCAAGAAGUUUCUAUGUGAGCCAAACAGAGAGACUGUCAUAGUCGACAUUGUUCGUUUUAUAUGUUGUGCACACCACCCCCCAAAUGAAAUUAUUCAGUCAGAUGUCAUUCCAAGAUGGGCUGUUAUAGGUUGGCUAUUGAAAUCUUGUACGAAGAAUUAUGUUGAGGCUAAUGCGAAACUGGCUCUACUUUAUGAUUGGCUAUUCUUUGAAGAAAGAGUAGACAAUAUUAUGAAUAUUGAACCUGCGAUGUUGUUAAUGGUAUGUUCUAUACCCAGAUACAUUGAUAUAACACACACUCUUCUCGAAUUUCUGUUCCUUUUGAUGGACAACUAUGAUGCGGAACAUUAUGAUAUCUUAGUUAAAGGUGUGUCAUCAUCAUUUAGUGUAUGUGUAAAGAAAGGAGUGAUCCGUUCACUUGAUGUCUUGACCUCUUGUGAUGCACUGUCUCCUAUAUUGAAAGAGAGGCUUGGUAGGUUUUUGUUAGGUACAAAAUUUGAAAUCUCUGGAAAGUUGAUACAAGCUCGUCUUCCCGGUCACUUUGAGAGAGUGAAAAAUUCUACCUGUAUGGAAACUCCAACACCAUCACCAGAAAGCAUGAGAUGAAUUUUAUUUCUUUUUUAUGCUUGUUACCAAUGAAGGCAUGUUUGCUUGACUAUAAUACCUAUUGCUAUGUAAAUUAUUGCCCAUCAUGAAAUUUAGAGGGGAUAUACUCUUAUUCAUUCUUCUCAUGUUAUGACGUUUGAAACAGGAGUUAUACUAGUGAUAGGAUGUAUUUUCAAUAUGCAAUAAGAACUAUGACUGAAUUUGAGAGGAA